AUGGCCGACCUGGAGGCCGUGCUGGCCGAUGUCAGCUACCUGAUGGCCAUGGAGAAAAGUAAGGCGACCCCGGCCGCCCGCGCCAGCAAGAAGAUCGUCCUGCCGGAGCCCAGCAUCCGAAGUGUGAUGCAGAAGUACUUAAAGGAAAGAAAUGAAAUAACCUUCGACAAGAUUUUCAACCAGAAAAUCGGUUUCUUGCUAUUUAAAGAUUUUUGUUUGAAUGAAAUUAACGAAGCUGUACCUCAGGUGAAGUUUUAUGAAGAGAUAAAAGAAUAUGAGAAGCUGGACAACGAGGAGGAGCGCCUGCGCCGGAGCCGGCAGAUGUACGACGCCUACAUCAUGAAGGAGCUGCUGUGUCGCUCACACCCCUUCUCCAAGCAAGCCGUAGAGCACAUACAGAGCCAUCUAUCCAAGAAACAAGUCACCUCCACUCUUUUUCAGCCAUACAUAGAAGAGAUCUGUGAGAGUCUCCGGGGCGAUGUUUUUCAAAAAUUUAUGGAAAGUGACAAAUUCACCAGGUUUUGUCAGUGGAAAAACGUAGAAUUAAAUAUUCAUUUGACCAUGAAUGACUUCAGUGUGCAUAGGAUUAUUGGACGAGGAGGAUUUGGGGAAGUGUACGGUUGCAGGAAAGCAGACACCGGCAAAAUGUACGCGAUGAAGUGCUUGGAUAAGAAGCGGAUCAAGAUGAAGCAGGGGGAGACGCUGGCCUUGAACGAGAGGAUCAUGCUGUCUCUCGUCAGCACCGGGGACUGUCCCUUCAUCGUCUGCAUGACCUAUGCCUUCCACACCCCAGACAAGCUGUGCUUCGUCCUCGACCUGAUGAAUGGGGGCGACUUGCAUUACCACCUCUCGCAGCACGGCGUGUUUUCCGAGAGGGAGAUGCGCUUCUACGCCGCGGAGAUCAUCAUGGGCCUGGAGCACAUGCACGCCCGCUUCCUCGUGUACAGGGACCUGAAGCCUGCAAACAUCCUCCUGGACGAACACGGGCACGUGAGGAUCUCUGACCUGGGCCUUGCCUGCGACUUCUCCAAAAAGAAGCCACAUGCGAGCGUGGGCACCCACGGGUACAUGGCUCCCGAGGUGCUGCAGAAGGGGACGGCCUAUGACAGCAGCGCCGACUGGUUCUCGCUGGGCUGCGUGCUCUUCAAGCUCCUGCGAGGCCACAGCCCUUUCAGACAACAUAAAACCAAAGAUAAGCAUGAGAUUGACCGAAUGACUCUGGCCGGGAACGUAGAGCUUCCCGAGACCUUCUCCCCCGAGCUGAAGUCCCUGCUGGAGGGUUUGCUGCAGAGGGAGGUCAGUCAGCGGCUGGGCUGCCAAGGACGCGGGGCACAAGAGGUGAGAGAACACAGCUUCUUCAAAGACAUCGAUUGGCAGCACGUCUCCCUGCAGAAGUACCCACCACCCCUAAUCCCUCCCCGAGGAGAGGUCAACGCCGCGGAUGCCUUUGAUAUCGGCUCAUUUGAUGAAGAGGAUACCAAAGGCAUUAAGCUGCUUGAUUGUGACCAAGAGCUGUACAAGAACUUCCCCCUGGUGAUCUCGGAGCGCUGGCAGCAGGAGGUGGUGGAGACUGUGUACGAGGCAGUAAACGCCGACACCGAUAAAGCCGAGGCCAGGAAGAGAGCUAAAAAUAAGCAACUGGGCCACGAGGAAGAUUACGCCCUGGGGAAGGACUGCAUCAUGCACGGGUUCAUGCUGAAGUUGGGGAACCCCUUCCUCACACAGUGGCAACGUCGCUACUUUUACCUCUUUCCCAACAGACUGGAGUGGAGAGGAGACGGGGAGUCACGGCAAAACUUACUGACUAUGGAGCAGAUCCUGUCCGUGGAGGAAACCCAGAUCAAAGACAGGAAGUGCAUCUUAUUCAGAAUUAAAGGCGGGAAGCAGUUUGUCCUGCAGUGUGAGAGUGACCCCGAGUUUGCCCAGUGGAAAAAGGAGCUGACAGACACCUUCAGAGAAGCCCAGCGGCUGCUGCGUCGGGCCCCCAAGUUCCUCCACAAGCCCCGGCCGGGCAUCAUGGAGCUGUCCAAGCCGCCACUGUGCCAAAGGGACAGCAACGGUCUCUGAGCCCUGGGGCAGCGGGGCAGGAGCAGACCGGGGCUCCUCAUCCCACAGAGGAGCAGAGACAUGGGGAGCAGCCUGGGGCCCAGGUGUGGCCUGUUCCGGGUGCUGGGAUCUUGCUGUCCCAGGCCUGACGCACCAAGCUGGCCCCCAGGAGGUGGAAUGAACUCAGGACUGGCCGGCGCCACGCCCGACCCGCCGGCUUUGCCCUCACUUGAAACUACUGAAGAGACAGAAGUUCUUUUCCGUGCCACGCGUUUCUUUUUGGUACCUGCGUACCCAGAAGUCGAAAGUAUUCCUACUUAGCACUUGAAUUUUUAGGUCCGGUAUCAAACAUAUCUUAAGACUUUCCAGGACACCAUGGGAAGGUCUCCAGGGUUGGGUGGUGGUUUGCCCUCAAGGAUGCCAUAGUUGAUGGAAGCUACCCUGGCUGAGGUUACGGGUCUGGCCUUCAAGCUCCAGGAGGAGGAGGAGGCAGCAGUGGGUCCCUGCGCAGGUCAGAACCAGCUUCUUGCUGUCCUGGGGUUUGAAGCUAGAGGUGACAAGGAGGCAUUUGGCCCUGUGUGCACUGACCGCCGCUGCUGAGGUGGGGGAGACAGCGGUGCCCUCAC